AUGGCAGUCGAUACGGAGGAAAUGCCGCCGCUAGCUGAAACAUUGCCGCCGUUGGAGGUUAGCCCACAGGAUGAAUCGCCGCAGUUGACGAGGCGGAAAGUGAUCGAGGCGUUGAAGAUGGACCUGGAUGAACUGAGAGAGUCGCAACCUCAAGUUCAUGUCGCUGCCACUGCAAAUGGUCGCCUUGACGGGAAGGCUACACCAUUGGAAGCGCUCGGGAUGACGGCUGGUGAUGAUAUUGCGGCGACGUUUACCGAGGAGCCGUUUCGGCAUAAUAACUUCAAAUAUUUAUGCUGCUUCCAUCAGAUUCACUGCAAGGCAGGAACACGCUACAUUUUCAUCCUUGGCUUAAUCGCCAUCUGUGUCAACAUUUUGGUGAUGAGCUUCGGAACCCUCACCUUGAAUCAAAUGGUCUUCCAAGGGAUCUUCCUUGUCCUGGCAAUCUUUGUCUAUGCGAUGAUGCUCCUAGCCAUGAAGAAGGAGAACGAGAUGUUCCUCAUCCCCUACUUCAUCUUUAUGGCAAUCAAUAUCAUCUUAUUCGUGCUGCUCUUCAUUUCUUCUAUCUGGGCUUUGAUCGAGCCGGUGUCGGGGCCCGGUGCUGGCUUCAACCAAUUCUUGAUGCGAGGCAACCAGACGAUGGAGGCUGACCAUGGAUUGGUGGAGAACCAAGAAGAUAUCCGCAUCGUAUCUUCUGUAAUGAUUGCCGCUGCCCUCCUUGGACUGGUCGUUUCCCUCUGGUUCCUAAUGACGGUCUUCAAAUAUUUCCUCUACCUUCGAGACAUGAAACGGGCACGCCAUCCCCAGACUAUCGUCUACCACGGCGACAUGAAAAAUGUCAAAGUCACCGAAUUAACCCAA